AUGCCUCACGCAAAGUUUGUUGUACCAGCUAACCUGACUCUCCGACAGACUCUAAACUUACUGUUGUCCAUUGUUGACAACCAGUACCGAAACUGUCAGGAGCUGAGAGAAAAGGCUACCGGCGACCCCGCAAUACUUAAGAGGCUUCACAAAGCACUUUCCGAGGCGCUUGCAUACCUGAAUGAGGGGUUCACGCAGAUAGAGAAUUUUUAUAAGGUGAAAAGUGUUUUAUCGCUCAAGAGUCCCGACGUCUUAAAUAUUGUGAAUGACUUGAGAAUACUUGACCACGACCUAAGGGAAAAUCAGAAGGCCACCGAGGACCAAUUGGUAUCAGGGCUCGACGAAAAGAACCAACCUCUCUCUGUCUCGAAUAGCCACUUUUCUCUAUCAAAAUUACUGAAGAAGACUAAAAUCUCGUCGGGCCGUAAAGAGGAGCUGAGAAGAAGCGAAGAAGAGAGAAAGGCCAAAGAAGUUGAGGAAUUGAAAAAGCAGAGGAAGCUCGAAGAGGCGCGCGCUUUGGUGGAAAAAGAGUCUCAGGAUAGGAAGGCAGAAGAAGAACAAGCGAGGGCUUUAGAAAUGGCUGUCAAGCGGCAGGUAGAAAAGGAAAUGGCUACAAGGGCAAGCUUGGAGCGCACUUCCACUGCACAACGGGACAAAAGUCAGAAGACAGAAUUUGAGAAGCCCCAGCGCGCUUUUGAGCGGACGUCCCUCGACGUUAAGCGCUCUCCAAGAAGAUCUGCGGAUCAGAUGAGAAGGCGUAGCUUGGAUGGCGGUGCGAGAAGCAAAAACGGCUCUGCAGGAUUACAUGUUCGCCAAGGUUCUGAUACGGGUCUUUCUGCCAUGGGAAAUGUGAGCAAGGCCGCCAACCUAGCAUGGUCUCAGAUGAAACCACCAUUGGGUAAGCCAAACGCCAGGGUCAAGAAGCCUGUAGUGUUAACUGAUGGGGGCCAGUCACAUACUACAAAGACCAGAUACGAGUACAUCAAGCCUACUAUCAAGAGGCCUAGCAUAAAUGUCCCAAGGAAGGCUUCAGCGCCAAGAAGAGAAAACUCGGAGGGGGCUAAGAGCCGCGAGGCUUUAGCUCGAAGCAAGUCACCUAGGUCUCCAGAAUCACCGGCACAAAGGUCAUUCUCUCCUAGCGCACGGUCAGAAAAGUCCAUGACCCCCGAUUUGGACUUAUCACCACAAGAGAAGAGACUCAAACACGUAAUGGAGACUCUUGAAGGCGUGGAUCCAGAAGCAUGUCAACACAUCAUUAAUGACAUCUUGGUAAUGGGCGAAAAAGUUUACUGGGAUGAUAUAGCAGGCCUCAACAGCGCAAAAAACUCGCUAAAAGAGACUGUUGUUUAUCCCUUUCUCAGGCCCGAUCUCUUCAAGGGGUUACGUGAACCAAUUUCUGGGAUGCUGCUUUUUGGUCCCCCAGGGACUGGAAAAAGCAUGAUCGGUAAAGCAGUGGCUACCGAAUCUCGGUCUACCUUCUUUAGCAUAAGCGCGUCAUCCUUACUUUCAAAGUAUCUCGGUGAGUCAGAAAAACUUGUGAGAGCGCUGUUUUAUCUGGCAAGAAGGCUUUCGCCGUCAAUCAUAUUCAUUGACGAAAUCGACUCCCUUCUGACGUCCCGGUCUGACAAUGAAAAUGAGUCGUCAAGAAGAAUCAAGACAGAGGUUUUAAUUCAGUGGUCUUCUCUAUCUAGCGCCACCGCUAGAGAGAGGGAGGAGGGAGACAUAGAAAGUGGCAGAGUGCUUGUUUUGGCUGCCACUAACCUUCCAUGGGCGAUCGAUGAGGCAGCACGUAGACGUUUCACAAGAAGGCUUUACAUACCGCUUCCAGAGCAUGAAACGAGAGUUGCUCAUUUGAAAAAGCUGUUACUACACCAGAAGAACAAUCUAAGUGAUUCGGAUUUUGACGUGAUUGGAACCCUCACAGAGGGUUACUCCGGAUCCGAUAUCACUGCUCUAGCCAAGGACGCUGCAAUGGAACCUAUUCGCGAACUGGGGGAUCGGUUGAUAGAUGUUGACUUCAGCAAAAUUAGAGGCAUAAAUUUGCAAGACUUCGAAAGGGCAAUGCUCACUGUUAAGAAAAGCGUAUCUCCGGAUUCUCUUCAAAAAUUUGAGACAUGGGCAUCUAACUUCGGUAGCCAGGGAGCUUAA